AGUGUGGGUUCUUGUAUAUUGUUAAGCCGGAAGUCGACAAUAGUCUGUUUUUAUUCAUAUAAUAAAUCCUGGUUAUUAUAAUUCAAAUUACAAUACUACUACUAUUAGUAUUAUUACCACCAGUAGUACUUAUUACUACUAGUAGUACUAGACUCUGGUCGUUAUUUAAUUUUUUGUUAAUGAAUUUUAGUAACAAUGCCAGUGGAAUUUGGACCACAUGUUUUGUAAAUUAUACAAUAAAAAGAAGUUUUAGUUUUACCGAGUUUUAGAAAUAUGAAUGAACAUGCCGAUUAUCUGUGACAAGCAAUACUCAGUAUACCUAGGAUUAAGUGGUGGUAUUAAAGUUGAAGCUAGACUAAGAGAUCCUACAUAUGAGAUACAAUUCUAUGUAAUUGAUUCAGCUAUCUUGAAUAGUGAUUGGUGUGUGAGAGGAUACCGGCUUAGAAGUGAUGUCUCUCUUGACUUUUAUCCGAAAUGUAAGAUUGUAUACAUGGCUAUCAGUUUCUGUAAGAUCUGUGUGUAUAAUAAAGACAAGGCCAUCUGUGAAAGUUUGGAACCAGUGGUCCUACUGUAAUGUGGUAAAAGAAAUGCUUAAUGCUCAGCCACUGUGUAGCAAAUCAACAGACUUUUCUGGCACAGAGGAUGAGGAAUUUCUUGAAGACGUUGAGGAUCAGGACCUACACAAGACAAAACUGUUUCCUGACAGUUUAGAUCCUUUCAUUAACAGUAUUGUGUCUUGCCAGAGUAUGGAGGAAUUGUUUAUGCUGAUGAAAACAAGUGAAAUGAGAGAGUUAACAAAUGAUCAAGCCUGUCAAAUCAUUGUAACCAUGUGGGAUCUACAAAAGCUUUUGUUUGGAACCAGCUCUGAAGCAUUUAUAGACUUCAACCAUCAACUUUAUUCAAACCCACACUUUCAUGAGAUACUUGAAGUGAUAUCUAGAAACUAUCACUUACUUUCAGAUGAAGUGGUUUCUAACAUUUUUCUUGCUCUUAGAAGACUUGGUAUUCCACUUGAUAAUUUGUUAAUGCAGGAUAUCAUGUGGGAAUGUAGAAAGCGCUGUGAACAGUUUGAUCUUCCUGCUUUAUCUAAGUUUACUGUUGCUUUAGAACAUAGUGGUAACCAAGUUCUACCCUCUCUCUCUUUACUGUUAACAAGAAUGGUUCAGUUGCUUACACAUCAGUGCCAAGAAGAAAAAGAUUUGAAAUGUGUGGCCAUUUGCCUCAUCCACCAAUUACACCUUGCAUCUUCAAAUUUAUUUGACUUAUUUGCAAAAUCUGUACAGCAGUUCCUCAAAUCUGGGAAACUUACGGAUCAGCGUGUAAUACGAAAGUGUCUUACAGUCCUUACAAGCACACCAUAUCGGCAUCGUUACUUGACCACAAUUCAAGAAUUGUGCAACCUGCUUAUUCCAAGUAUGCAGAAACUCAAUAGUCUAGAGCUAGCAUCUGUGUGUACUCUUGUAGCUAAAGCUGAAUGUAAUACAGAUCCACUCAUUGCUGUUAUCCUUAGCCAUGUACAGAACAUGCUAAAUAAUCAACCAAGUCCAACCUCUCUGUUGUAUUUACUUCAGUGUCUUGUUUUUAACCACGAAAUUCAUGACGGAAAGCGACAGCAAGAGUUUUUCACCUUCUGUCUUCAGAAUGUUCCAUUCACUUUUCAUGCAGGUAGAUUGCUACGUAUUCUUUUUUACUUACCACUAGAGGACAUUCAAACACUGGACAUUUUUUGGAAAUUAGUUGCAGAGUCCAUAGAUUCUAUAAAUGUGCAUCGUCUAGCUUGUCGAGUUUAUCUAUUAAAAAAAUUAUCUUUAUCCAAACCAUAUUCUCAUAAAGCUUUUGAGUCUGUUAUGAGCAAAUGGUGUUAUUCAGAGUUAGAAAAACAUGGUUUUUUAUUCUGUAAAGAUAUUGCACUACUUGGAGCUUUUUUGAUAUCUUGUUCGCCAGAGGAAUUACCAGCUUGGAUGUAUGAUAAAAUUCUUAAUAUCAUACCACGGUUAAGUCCAAGUUACACAGAUUUUUUGGCAUUAGCAUUAAAUCUGGUACGAAAACAAAAUGUGUGUGUGAGAGAAAAGAUGCAGAAUAAACUAGAUUUAAUAAAACAUGAACUCAAUGUUGUAGCAAAAGACCAGCUUAGAGAUGCAUUCUCCAUUAGAGGGUUAAAUCGCUUAAUACACACUCAACUUUUACUAACUCCUCGAUACCAAUUAGGAAAUUCUCUUUUCAUUGAUGAUUUAAUGAAUAAAUAUCAUUCUUGUUUUAAAACAUUCACUCCUAAAGUUAUUGAAGACACCAGUAAAUACCUGACACUGGUUAAAUUUUGGGUACCAGAAGUUGUGGAGUCAAUGGCGAAGCAAGUUGUGGAACAACCACACAUCUUUCCUGCAUCUGUGAUCAGCAGGCUGCUUUUCCUCUGUUACACUUUGUCUUGUUUUCCAGAAGCAGAUUCUUUUCUGGAUAAAUGUAGAGAUAUUAUUGUCAGGUAUCAAAACAGAAUUACUGGGCUGCAGGUGCUUCAAGCUGGUGUUGCCCUUGGUCUCUUUGAACAUCUUAAUUCUUCAUUAAUUCACACAAUUUUCAGUGUUCCUUUCCUUGACAAAACAGACAGAGAGAUAGCAGCUCAAGCAACAACUACAUAUUCUUCCAGGGUGCGUACUCUUCUCAUGGUUUUAAAUCGUAUUACAUGUUUGGACUUUCCACAGCAAGGUGUUCCAUGGUUUCAUGAAAAAUACUGUCAAGACAAUUUAUCGAAAACUUCUCACACGAUGUCUGCCUUUCAGCGUGAUGUAUACAACAUACUGUGUGAAGUUGUCUCGGGACCACAGCAUGUGCGUGCUCAUGUGUACACACCUUAUCAUUACCAUCUCAGUUUCGAAUGUAUUGUUGAUCCAAAAGGACAGCCUCUUGUAUGCAGUGAUUUUGCCUGCACAAUGUGGGGUAGUAAUCAAAAUGCAGAUGCACGCCAUGCCAAAGUUUCAUCUCGACUCCCUGAAGGAUGUAUAAGAGUUGCUAUCAAUGUCUUGCCAGAGUUCAUGUUUUGUAUUAACUUUCCAAAGCUUCAUGGAGCACAAGUGUUAAAAAAAAGACACUUGGAGAUCUUGGGAUACAAAGUUGUUCAGAUACCCUAUUUUGAAUGGAAUUCCCUUCAGCUGUCCGACAAGAAGUCCAAGGCAGAAUACUUAUAUAAACAAGUUUUCAGUUGACUCUGAUUGAUCUGUACAAAUCAUAAUAGUAUUAUGAAAAAAAUAUAUAAAAUACAUGCCCAUUAAUAAAACCUUUAGAAAUUUGAAAGAUGUACAUAAAUUUAGUUAAUAAAUUUACAAUAUUUUUCUUUA